ACUACAAUUAAUUUCCAAAUAAGCAAAGAAACAUGAAUUGGAGCUGGGUGCUUAUGGCAGUCCUUCUGUCUUGCGGGGGACUGUCAUGGGGUGAGCAGGGUUUGGACUUCCCUGAGUACGAUGGGAUGGACCGGGUCAUCGAGCUGACUACCAAGAACUACAAGUCUGUGAUGAAGACGCAUGAUGUGAUGGUUCUGUACUACCAUGAGCAUCCCGGAUCCGAUGCCGUUGCCCAGAAACAGUUUGAAAUCGAGGAACUGGCCCUGGAGCUUGCAGCUCAGGUCCUUGGUGACCUUGACGAUGAGGAUAUUGGAUUUGGCCUUGUUGAUGAGAAGAAGGGCAGUGUUGUUGCUAAGAAACUAGGACUUGAGGAGGCCGACAGCAUCUACAUUUUCACCGAGAACGAGAUCAUUGAGUACGAUGGGGAGCUUGCUGCAGACACAAUUGUGGAGUUCAUCUAUGAUGUUCUUGAAGACCCAGUUGAGAUCAUUGAGAACGAUCCGGAGGUUAAAGGUUUCCAUAACAUUGAGGAGGAUAUCAAACUGGUUGGCUACUUUAAGAGCGAAAAGUCUGAACAUUAUUUGGCCUAUGUGGACGCGGCUGAGGAGUUCCACCCACACAUCAAGUUCUUCGCUACAUUCACUCCCAAGGUUGCCAAGGAUCUGGGCCUGAAGGUGAAUGAGGUGGACUUCUAUGAACCCUUUAUAGAUGAACCCAUAGUUAUCCCCGGAAAGCCCUACACAGAGGAGGAGCUUGUCGAGUACAUAGAGGAUCACGACAGACCAACCCUGAGGAAGAUGGAGCCCGAUAACAUGUAUGAGAUCUGGGAGGAUGACAUCGAUGGUGAGCACAUCAUUGCAUUCGCAGAAGAGGAUGAUCCAGAUGGUUUUGAGUUCCUGGAAAUCCUAAAGGAAGUAGCAGAGGAGCACAAUGAUAAUCCCAACCUCAGCAUUGUCUGGAUUGAUCCAGAUGACUUCCCGCUGCUUGUCCCAUACUGGGAGAAGACCUUUGGAAUUGACCUGGGCUCUCCCCAGAUUGGUGUUGUGGAUGUUGAAGAUGCCGACAGUGUAUGGAUGGAAAUCGACAAUGAUGACGACCUACCAAGCGCAGAUGAGCUUGAGGAAUGGAUUGAAGAUGUUCUUUCAGAUGAAAUUGAUCCAGAUGACGAUGAUGAUGAUGAUGAUGAUGAUGAUGAUGAUGAUGAUGAUGAUGAUGAUGAUGAUGAUGAUGACGAUGAUGAUGAACACGCCCCCUGUUUCUCAGACCAUGUGGUUGAUGAUAAACACAGUUUAAUAUCUCCCCAUGUUAAGCUUUUUGGUUUUAACAUUUGUUCGACUUUAGUUAGAUUUAUUACCGCGCGCUCACGAUUAGCUGUUAGCAUGUCUGUUUCCGACGAUGUGAAUUUUGAAACACAGAUUGCGUCUGUUUUGGAUUCACUUGCAAAGGUGGCCGUCGUGGAAAUAACGAAACUGUUCGAGAGUCGCUUCCUUGCUUCGGGAACCACUAUUCUCAUUGAAGGGCGGAGGGAACAAAAUGAAACCCUGCAAACAGUGGACGCUGCAAAAAAGUCUGGCAAAAAAUGUCUUCGCAGUAUCGGAGUUCAAGUGGAUGAGGAGACAACAACGUCCUCAGAGCUACAUGAAAACCCAAAACAGGGCUUGUCCUUGGAGGGGGGCAGUGGUUCUUUGAAUGGGAGCAAUGAGGAGGAGGGUCCUGCACAUCGUAUCCCCCUGCUGAAGGCUAAUCAGCCUGCUGAACUCAAGUGCUCUGUUCUAGAAGAGAAGGUUGUGGAGAUGGUGGAGGAGAGCAGUCUAGAAUCAAAAUCUUCAACAACCACUGAGCCAGAAGAAAAACAAGUGAUCUAUUCUGCCACUGUGGAUCCAAUCCACCUCUAUGUUCCUGUUCAAAGCUCCCCAACUAAGCAGAAACCCCAGCCCCUCAAGACAGAAACCGAGAAUGGAAUCAACAUAGAAUGCGAGACUAAAGUCAUCUGCCAAAUGGUCCCAAAGGCAGAGGAGGAGGACAUAACACGACAGCCUACAUAUAAAGAAAAGCCUAACCAGGUGGAGCUCCAGCAGGCCAGUUACAGCACCGCCAAAGGGACAGCCUACAGCACGUCCUCCUCAGAUGGGGCUUUGGCCCCUGUACAGGCUAAGAGUAAGUUGAAAUUUAUGGAUGUAACGAACCCUCCCUCUGCUAUAAUGAAGAAAAAGGUGGAUUUCAAGCUGGACCAGACAAAGAAGAAGAAGGUGGACUUCAAGCUGGACCAGACAAAGAAGAAGAAGGUGGACUUCAAGCUGGACCAGACAAAGAAGAAGAAGGUGGACUUCAAGCUGGACCAGACAAAGAAGAAGAAGGUGGACUUCAAGCUGGACCAGACAAAGAAGGAGAAGGUGGACUUCAAGCUGGACCAGACAAAGAAGAAGAAGGUGGACUUCAAGCUGGACCAGACAAAGAAGAAGAAGGUGGACUUCAAACUGGACCAGACAAAGAAGGAGAAGGUGGACUUCAAGCUGGACCAGACCUCCUUGGAGCAGAAGUUGACGAGGCCUUGCUCUGUCCAGCUGGUGAACCUGCUUUUGGUGCCCGGAGGAAAGAACUCUGGAGGGAAGAAGGCUAAUGGUAGCAACUGUCAUGACAACAAGAGGUUCCCCAUGCCGAAGGACCUCAAGACCCACCAAGGCCUCCACACGGGUCGACGCCUCUGCUGCUUCACUCAGUGUGGGAACGGUGUCUGGCGGCUGCAAGGGGUCCUCUCCUCAAACCGCGCCCAUGGCUGCAAGAUCUGUGGGAAGCGCUUCAAGCGCAGGAAGAUCCUGAGGAGGCACGAGCGCUUCCACACUGGUGAGAAGCCCUACUCCUGCUCCCAGUGCUCCAAAACGUUCGCCCUGCGGAAAAGCCUCCGCAGGCACGAACGGUUCCAUACAGGGCAGAGACCUCACAGCUGCCCCCAGUGUGGGAAGAGCUUUCGUCUCAGGGACAAUCUGAAGGCUCAUCUGCGCUUUCACACUGGUGAGAGACCUUUCACCUGCUCCUUCUGCUCCAAGAGCUUCAGAAUCUUCCGGAAUCUUGAGAAACACAGCAUUGAUCACUUGGGAGCGACAGCGAAAUAGCAAAUUUUCCGGCGAAAGAGAACUGUGCUAAAAGCAUGAGCAGCCUUUUGUAGGCCACCUUACAAAACUGUCCUACCUCUAACUGAAACUACUAAAUGUCCAUUCCUCAUUAUAACCAACCCGGUUGGUUAUUUUUGAUAAGGUGCUAUGAUGGUAAAUUGCCAUUAUGAGAGAUGGGGACAGUGGAGAGAUCUGAAAUGACACAGUCAACCAUCCUUCAUAGGUUUGGAUUGUCCAGAAUGAUCAUCAGAGUGUAAGCUUCAGUGGACACUGAUGUUGUUGACAGUCAUAAUGUUCUAAUACGGUAAGGGCUGGUUUUCCAGACACAGAUUAUGCCUAAUUUUAAAUCAAAAUGUUAUUUCAAUGGAGUUUUUCUAUUGCGCAUGCUGGACUAGGCUUAAAGGGACCCUUCGGGAUUUUGGCAAUGAAGCCCUUUAUCUACUUCCACAGAGUCAGAUGAACUCAUGGAUACCAUUUUUAUGACUGCAUUCAGUUUGAAGGAAGUUGCUAACUAGCACAAUGACUGGAAGGCUAUAGUAACUGCUAGUAUGCUAGUAGAUAACAUAAGAUUUCCGGUCAUUGCUCUAACGCUAGUUAGAAUUGGCUUGCGAAACUACACUACAUGACCAAAAGUAUGUGGACACCUGCUCGUUGAUUUCGGAAUGAGAUGUUCAAACUUUACAUUUGGCACUAUG